AUGUCACUUGCAGUGGAGAACGCGGUGGAGAACGCGGUGGAGAACGCGGUAGAGAACGCGGUGGAGAACGCGGUAGAGAACACCCUCUCACGAGGAACUGAAGUGUGUUUCACAGUUUCUGGAUCCACAGCAGCCAUGAUGCGUCUCUGUACAGCACUGAUCUUAAUACUGGCUCUGUAUCAGGUGGACUCCUCAGACAGACCAAAGGUGUUUGGGAAUCUGCACGAGACAUCGUCCCUCCCCUGUCCUCAGACGUGCUCUGGUCUUCUCACCUGGACCACAUUUCAGAGACGGGGCGAUGUUCUAGUCAGGUGUACCAGAGACUCGUGCUGGAGUAAAGACGGGUUUAGUCUUCCUCUGGAGCAGUUCCUCAGUGGGAACUCCACCCUGACGGUGCUGAGAGCCGAUUACAGCCUGCGAGGUCUCUACAUGGCCGAGUGUGACUCUGAGACGCUGUGUGAGGUCGUCUUCACUCUGUCCCCUCUAGAGAUGGCCCGUAACAUUACCCCAGGAGAGCCCAUAGACGUGCUCUUACCCCUCACUGACCUGGUGGAGGUGGAUUUUACUUCCAGAGAUGCUGCACAACCACCAAACCAGGAGAUCUGCAUCGUGGACAAAGACAAGAUUCGCUGCAGUCCAGAUUAUAAAGAGAGGUCGUCGCUCCUCAACACUCUUCAGAUUAAAGAUGGAAGUGUCUCUGACAGUGGGAUCUACACAGUACGGGAUAAAGUGAACGACGAGAUUAUAGUCAACUUACAGAUCAAUGUGAAAGAGUCUAAAGGAGAAGAGCAGGGUGAUGGAGGUGUGUCUCAGUCUCACAGUGUCAGACGCAGGAGUGUUCAGUCUGUAUCCAACCCACUGACUCAGGCUGAAAGAGCCUUUAAUGUUGCACACAUUUACACUCGCAACAUCGUCAAGCGUGCAAUUGGACUCUGGAAGCUGCGCUUUCCGGGUCUGCACAAAGGAGAAGACAUGUCCAGUCUGUAA